AUGCAAUCACUUGACACCUUCCUUGAACAAUUUAUUGAUAAUUGUGAUGAAAGUAAUGCUGCUGGUUUAAAGACUAGUAAUUCCUUCCUUUCGUUUUCAGAAAUUGUGAAUUAUAAUUCGUCUAAUUUAUCAGAAACCAUGACACAACAUGGUGAUGAACACAUUUCUCCAAAUCAAGAAACACAGCCGGCUGAAAUCAUCAGCACCGAGACUUGUAACUCUUCGAACGAUUCUUGUGCAUUGAAUGAUAUGUCAUCCACUAUUGUGCAGUUUAACUUGGUUUCUCAAUUUUUCCCUUUAUUCGAAAGUUUGUUUAAAGGUCUGCAAUGUUCAGUUUCUAAUAACCAACUCUGUACCAAUAUGCAAGCACCUCCACAACCUGCACCUUCAAUGCAACACCAAUUUUAUCAACCACAACAAGUAAUUUUUCACACCUGCCAGAAUCCUUCCAUAUUUAAUCAAUUCGAAUUGACCAACUUUCAAACUAAUUACUUCCAACCACCAAUUGCUACCUUUGCUAACAACACUUUCCACAACUCUGCUUAUUUCCAAAACUCGUUUCCUGAAAACUAUUCGAAUGUUAACAGUCAAUUUGCCUAUUCGAAUUGUAAUAAUAUUGUAAAUUGUGAAUCAUCCACCAGCUCAUAUUCCUCUUCCUCCUCCUCAAAUAAUUUCAACACUUUGCCUUCCAAUUCUGUAAAAAUUCAAAAAACACAAAAAACCAAAAAAAAUGUAAAUAAGAAAAAACACAAAAUCGUUCUCUGCAAUAAUGAGUAUGAAGAGAAAAUGUUUAAAAUUCGUAAUCCAAAUCAAACUUAUUACAAAUUUGUUGAACGUUAA